AUGAUGGAACCUGUUUCCUACCACAACCUCCAUCAAGUGGCCUGCGACAUCCCCAGGAGUAAUGACCUUGUCUUCAGAAACGUGGUCUACGACAGUCUCGUCGACGACAACCUCGUCAGGGAUAUCGACACCGUCUUCUGCGACAAGCGGAUCAGUGACAGCGUCGUCUCCGCCAAUCCUGUACGCACCAGCCUGCAGCACCCGUAUCCGCCGGAAUCUGCGAUACAGCAGGUCCCUCGUAAACGGCCGAAUCCAAAGACGACACCCAGACCCUACACCCUCCACAGUAUCGGCCACACCACCUCUCCGUUGUUCAGACUUCCUAUCGAACUGCGUCGGAUGGUUUACCGUGAGGUCUUCAACGGAUCCGAGAGGAAGAUCCAGUGGAAGCCGGUUCGACGGGACCCCAAUAAUCGGUACACGGAGUACAACCAAAUCAUGGUGCCGACAAACGAGCAAUUCCAACUCCUACUCACGUGCCAAGAAGUUUAUAUCGAGGCUCGACCGUGGUACUGGUGCGAUACGGCCGUAACUUGUGCUUUCUUUCAAAUGCGGACCCUCAUGAGCGCGAUCCCGACCUUUGCGAGGGAGGACAUCCAAGUCCUCAAGGACGUGCCUCCGGUGGAUGGACUGUCUCCAACGAAUCCCAUGCAGUUGGACCAGUUCGUCGGUCACUUCCCCCGACUGAAGUACUGCCAGUUGAGGCGUCACACUGUCCAUCUCUACUGCCAUCACGACGACGUGCCCCCCAAGUCCGUGCUGGCGAAUUCGGGAUCGGGAGCAUUCCUGGAGAUUGCACAAUCAAUGAACACCGCCAAGCCGCCUGUCUUCGUGCAGAGGAUUUACGUCUGGCCCGUGAAGGACCGAGAUACGGUCGUCUGGGCAUACGCCAACCAUACCGAGGGGAGGGUACACAUCGCCGCGAAAGGAAGCAUCUCGGACGACGAGGGCUUCGGAAAGGUUACUGGGCCAGAUUUAAUCGAUUUCACCAAGGCGAUCAAUGCCCACAAGGGGCUCGAGGCUGAUGACGAAAACGAUGUACACGACACGAGCAUGACUGACGAUGCGACGGUGAUCAACGAUGUGCACGAAGACUACGAGGGAGACAAGCCGGAAGGGGUGGACGAUAUCAGCAAGGGUGACGACGAGGACGACGUGUGCCAGGUGGACGAGUAG